AUGUUAGAGAAUACAAAGGUGAAUAUUUUUUAUGGAAAUAAUAAGUAUCCAUUUAUUUGUAAGAGCAUUUUGAAUGUAUAUAAAAAUAAGAACAAGAAGAGUUUUUUAAAAAGUGGUUCAACUGUAAAUGUUGAUGAGAACAUAAAGUUCAUAAAGGAUGCAAAGGUUGAAGAAUUGAAAAUAGAAUUCAUAACAAAAGAUCCAAAUAAUAAUAGUAAUAACAAUAUUAAUCAUUGUGAUAACAAGAAAGAAGAAGGAAUAAACUUAAACAAAAGUAAUAAUAUUGAGAAGCUACCAUAUAUUUGUAGUAGUGAUAAAAUAUUUGCUAAAAUAUUAGAUCAUAUCUUACAAACAAAUUUACAUAAUAUAUCUGAAAAGGUUGAUAAUAAGAACAAUAAAGUUUUUAAUAUUUAUAUACAAACCCAGUAUGAUGAAUGGAUUGAUUUUUUUAGAUGUAAAAAUAUGAAUAAAGAUAUUGAAUUUAUUUGUGAACAUCUUAAUAAACAUUUACAUUUAAAUACUUUUGUUGUGUCAGAAUUUUUAACAUUGUCUGAUAUUUUUAUAUAUUUUGAAAUGUAUAAAUAUUUUCAUGUCACUAGUAGUUAUUAUGCCAAAUAUUCAAAAAUUUAUAAGAAUAUUAAUAGAUGGCAUAAAUUAAUUGAUUCUUUAAUAUAUGUUGAAGACGCUGAAUGGAAAAAAAACUUAAAAGUUUUGGUUUGUGAUAAUAAAACCAAUUUAGAUGUUAGAAAGGAUAGUGUAAAAAAUAACAACCACAACAACAACAACAACAAAAACAACAAAAACAACAACAAUAAUAAUAAUAAAUCUACCAAUAUUGUUGAUGAUGGAAAAUCUAAAAAAAAGAAUGUUGCUACGUCCUAUUCAGGCAAAUUAGAAAAUGCAGUGGUUGGAAAUGUUGUUACAAGAUUUCCACCUGAACCAUCAGGUUAUUUACAUAUAGGUCAUGCGAAAGCUGCUUUUUUAAAUAAUUAUUAUGCACAAAUGUAUGAAGGAAAGAUGUUAUUACGUUUUGAUGAUACAAAUCCUGUUUUAGAAGAUAUAAAAUAUGAAAAGUCGAUAAUAGAAGAUCUAGAAAUGUUAGGAUUGAAAUAUGAGAAAAUUAGUUACUCUUCUGAUCAUUUUGACUUAUUAGAAAAUUAUUGUAUUGAAAUGAUAAAAAUGAAUAAAGCAUAUGCUGAUGAUACUAGUGUAGAAGAAAUGCGAAAUCAAAGAGGUGAAGGUAUUGAAUCUGUUAACCGAAAUAAUUCAAUAGAAAAGAAUUUAGAAUUAUUUAAUGAAAUGAGAAAAGGUACAGAAAUAGGUCAGAAAAAUUGUAUAAGAGCUAAGAUAAAUAUGCAGAGUAAAAAUAAAUGUAUGAGAGACCCUGUAAUGUAUCGAUGUAUUGUAGACGUGCCACAUCAUAAACAUCAAUUUAAAUAUAAAUGCUAUCCAACAUAUGAUUUUGCAUGCCCAAUAAUAGAUUCAUUUGAAGGUGUAACACAUGCCUUACGAACAAAUGAAUAUAGUGAUAGAAUUGAACAAUAUAAUUGGUUUAUAUCUACUUUAAGUUUAAGAAAAGUAUAUAUAUAUGAAUUUAGUAGAUUAGCAUUUGUAAAAACUGUUAUGUCAAAAAGAAAAUUAAAAUGGUUUGUUGAAAAUAAUGUUGUUGAUAGUUGGCUAGAUCCACGAUUUCCAACAAUUAAAGGUAUAUUAAGAAGAGGACUAACAAAAGAAGCAUUGUUUCAAUUUAUUUUAGAACAAGGUCCAUCUAAAGCUGGUAAUUUAAUGCAGUGGGAUAAAUUAUGGUCUAUUAAUAAACAAAUAAUUGAUCCAAUAAUACCUAGAUAUGCAGCUGUUAAUAAAAAUACUAGUAUCCUUUUAAUAUUAACAGAUUUAAAUGAUACUAUUAUUGAAAAACAAAGAGAUUUACAUAUGAAAAAUAAAUCAUUAGGUACAUGUACUAUGUAUUAUAACAAUAAAUAUUUAAUAGAAUUUGAAGAUGCACAAUCCUUAGUUGAAAAUGAAGAAAUUACAUUAAUCAAAUUAGGAAAUAUUAUUAUUAAAAAUAUUGAAAAACAUGAUGGUAAAAUUAAACAAAUAAAUGCACUAUCAAAUUUUGAUGGUGAUUUUAAAACAACCAAAAAAAAAAUACAUUGGUUACCUUAUCUACCUCAACAAUUAAUUACAUGUACAUUAUAUGAAUAUGAUCAUUUAAUAACUGUUGAUAAAUUUGAAAAUGAUAAUAAAGAAGAUUGGACGAAUUUUAUUAAUUUUAAUAGUAAGUAUGAAACAUUAGCAUAUGCAGAACCAUCCAUUUCAACUUUAAAAGUUUCAGAUAAAUUUCAAUUUGAAAGAAGAGGAUAUUUUAUUGUUGACAAAAUUGACUCAAAUCAACAUUUACAUUUAAUUAAAAUACCAGAUGGUAAAUCGAAAAAUAUGUCCAUAAUAACAACUAAAGUCGAUCCAAAACAAUUAGCAGGAACAAAACAUACAAAGAAUAAUUAA